AUGACACACUCUAAUACAGAUAAUAAUCCACCUCCUCAGGAAUUUUAUGUUCGUGGUGACUUUCCAUUUGUAUUCAUGCCAGCAACAUCCUCGGCAACAGGUUAUACGUUUGUUAAUGAUCAUACUCAAGUAUUUAAUGAUGAUAAUCAUGUCACAACUGAAGUAAUAGAUGAAGAAGAAAGAAGAAGAGAUACUACUGUUCAUAAUCAAGAUGAUAACAAUGAAGAGAAUGAUGAUGAUAACGAAGAAAGAAAUGAUAUUCGUAUAAGUCAACCUAAGUAUAGUCAAUUAUUAAAAGACCUUGAUUUUAGUGAAACAAGAUUGUAUGAUGUGACAAAACUUUUAUCUGAUGAAACAAAUAAUUAUACGACAGUAGAUGAUAAUGAAAGUCAAAAAAAACAUUCAACCGAUGGAAGUAAUCAAAGUUUAUCACCAAAUCAUUCAUCAGAAUCAAGCAAUGAAUCUGUCAAUCAUCGAUCUUCUUCAACUACUAAUAAUAAUAUUCAUAAAAUGAAAGAAAAAGAGAAUUUAACAAUUGGAGAUAAUGAUUUAAAUCAUUUAUCUGAAACUAUUCAAGAAGUGUCAUCAGUGUCAACUGAAGAUUAUGAUAAUCAUCGAGAUAAUGAUACUGAUAUCAAUGUUGAUAUGAGACAAAAACUUUUUGUUGAAGAACAUGGUGAUAACAUUAAACGAUCAGCACAAAAUUAUAAUCCAAAUAAUAAUGUACAAGAGAACACAUCAUAUAAACCAAAUAAAAAUUCUCGUUUUCCUACUCAAAAUUCUACUAAUAUUGAUAAUGAUAAUUUAUCGUCAAUACCUCGUUUAAGUACAAAUGCAAGUACUCGGACAGAUAAUCAAGAACAAUCACAAGAAUAUGAAUUUAAUUGGAAUGAUUUAAUUAAUGGAACAGAUGGAUUUAUGCAAUCACCAACUGUUGUUAUCAUUGCACAAUCAAUUGAUGAUCUUCAUACAACACCUACAAAACAACAAAAUCAACAGCAACAGCAACAGCAACAGCAACAGCAACAGCAACAACAACAGCAACAACAACAAACAACAACAUCUCCUAAUGAAAAAUUAAAACAACAUUUAAAUAUAUCUCCAAAACAAAAAGUUCAUCAACGUUUACGUCAAUUAUCAGCAUCGUCAGAUACAGAUUCAAUUGCUGAAUAUGUUGUUAAUCGAACAAAACAAAAACAACAUUCAUCAUCUCAACCACAUUUAUCCAUAGAUGAAGAAUAUAAUGAUUUAAAUACUCAUUUAAAACCAAAUCUUAAUGAUCAAGAACGACCGUAUACAUCAGCAAGUGAUAUUUUAUUACGACGUUCAUCAAAUCAAAAUAUUGAUCAAACAAAUUCAACAAAAAAAAAACCUCAUCAUCAUCAAAGAUCUUCAUUAUCAUCUCGUCAUAUAAAUCAGGAAGAUAAUAAUCAAUCAAUAAAUAAUGAUACUUGGUUAUCUAUGCUUGAAAAACUUGAACGUGAACAUAAAGAACGUUUAGAAAAACAACAAAAACAAUAUGAAGCUUAUAUGCAUGAACUUGAAGAAAAAAUGAAACGACGUUUUGAAGAAUAUCUAUCAUCAACAAAUAGUUUACAUGAAUCAAAACCAGAAUCAAUGGAAACAUCAGCACAUUUACGUCGUAGUCAUGAUUCAACAUUAAAUGAAUCUUAUGAUGGAAAAUAUAAAAAUUCUUCAACUUCUCAUCAUUGUCGAACAUUUGUACCAGAUUCAUCACAUCAUCAUUAUUAUUCAACCAAUUCAAUAAAUAAUUUUCAUACAUCGGAAAGACGACCAUCAAUUCGAACGAAUCUAUCACGAUCACAAUCGAGAGAAGAUAUUUCUAAUCUUAGAACAGAACUUUCGGUUAAACAUGCAAAGCAUAUUUCCGAUUUAAAAUUAUAUUAUGAACAUGAAAUAGAAGAACUUAAAAAUCAAUUAAAUACAACAAAAAUGGGUCAUACAGCUAGUAGUACACGUCAAUCAUUAGAAACAAUAGAACGACUUAAUAAUGACAAUAUGCGUUUACAUGAUGAAAUGAAAGAAUUACGUCGUUCAUUAAAAUUAUCUACAGAUGAAAAUGAUAUGUUUAAACGACAAAUAGAAGAAUUACGUGAUCAAUUGAAGAGUAAAGAUUUCGAAUUUAAAAAUCAUCAACGAGUUAUAAAUGAUCUUCAACAACAAUUAAAUGAUCUGCGGAGUAUAAAAGAACGACAAGAUGAAAAACUUCGUCAUACUGAUAAACAAACAUUACAAUAUCGACAAGAUAAUGAACAAAUUGCAAGCGAUCUCAAUCUUACAAGAGAACGUCUUGUUCGACUUGAAGAACGUUAUCGUGAUUUAGACAAUGAAACUAAAGCAUAUCGUCAAGCAAAUUUUACAAAUGAUACUAAUAAUCAACGAAACAAUGAUAAUCUUAAAUACAAUAUAACUAUGCCUGUACAUAUGCCAACUUCGAGAGAAUAUGGACGUUUUACAACGACAACAUCGAGAUAUUCAUCAUCGACAGUUACUUCACCAAGAUCUAGUAAUCUAGAUUCAGCAAGAUAUGGAUCAAACGAUUCGGAAGAUCUAUUUCGACGUACGAAUUCACCUCGACCUCUACUCACAAUUAAUGAUUAUCUCAAUGAUAAACCAAAAUUUCCUCCAGCAUAUGUGCCACCAUCAAGACCUUUGUAUUCUCCGAAAAAAUCACCACCAACUCGUCGUUCUAUGAAUCAGAUACCAGUGAGAGAUUUAAUUGAUAAUCAAAUAAAACAAAGUGAACAUUUAGAAGAAAAAUUUGAUGAAUUAUUGACAAAAAAACGUGACUUAGAAUCUCGUAUUAAUCGUAUACCAGCACGAGGUUUAACAAAUAAUGACCGACAAUUACUCGAUGUUCUUGAACGAGAAAUUGAACGUGUUGAACAACAAAUAUCAAGUGUUAAACUUGAACUUCGAAAAUUGAAUAUUAUAUAA